GUGUUUUCAUUUAUACCUUUCUGCCACUUAAUAGUUGAUAUUAUAAAAAUGAGAAAUUUUUGAAAAACGUCAUCCCCUACUUGAGCGGAACAAAGUUGUUAGGGUGUUUCGCUAGAUAAUUAGCAGACAAGAGUAUUUUUGUAAAUUGGUGAGAAUUGAGUAGCUUGACAAAAGAAAACCCAAAAAAAGGGUUACUUACUUACAGCCUUAUUUAUAGAUGUUGGAGCGGGAAAAACAAAGGCAAUUGGCGGGAAGAGAGUGAAACUUAAUGAUUUUGUUUGUGGGACCACCUUAUUAUAAUUUAAUACUAUAAAUAAAUAAAUAAAUUGGGGUAAAGUAAAAAUAAAAUACAACAAGUUAGUAUCUAUCUAUCUACUAAGAAUUGAAAAGUGAAAGAAGAGAAAACAUGGGAAAGGAAGUGAAGAGGUUUCUGCUGAAAACAGAACCAUCGGAGUGGUCGUGGGAGGAUCAAGAAGCAAACGGAGGGAUAAGUAAAUGGGAUGGAGUUAAAAACAAACAGGCUCAGAAAUACCUGAAAUCAAUGUCACUCAACGAUCUAUGCUUCUUCUACCAUUCAGGUUCCAAGGCCCGUCGAAUCGUCGGCGUUGUUUCCGUUGUCCGGGAAUGGUACAGUGAUGAAGGAGACAAAGGCGACGGUGCGGUUGACGUGAAAGCUGUUGGCGAAAUGAGGAGGGUUGUUGACUUGAAGGAGAUGAAACAUUUGAAGGAUUUUGUACUUUUGAAACAGCCAAGGCUUUCGGUUGUUCCUGUUCCUCAUCUUAUUUGGGAUACUAUUUGUCAUUUAGGAGGCGGCUAUCAUGGUGAUGGGGCAAACCCUAGCGAUUGAAUUCAUCAAUCUUUAACCAAACAAACCCUAAUCUUAUUAUUUGAUUUAUGGUCUUGAUGCAGUGUUCUAUUGAUUUUUUUGUCUUUA